UGCAUAAAUUUAGCGUGGCUGCACCUGUUCGGUGAAGCACGAGGAGUUCAACUUCGACACAAAAAGGAGCCUCAAAAAUGAAUCGUUUGCUGUUCACUCUGACCGUUGUCGUUCUGAUGGCUGCACACGCUUUUGCUUUAAAAUGUUAUGCCUGCGUGGAUACUGAAGAGGAUUGUAAGAAGAGCAAGUUGGAAGAAAACAAAGUCAACUUUUUAUACCCGUGUACAGCUGACGAGGGCGAUAGAUGCUUCAGAUUGUGGUAUAAAAGGGAAAAUUACGAUGCCAUGGUUGCGAUUGGAUGUGCUAAGCAAUCAUUCUGUGACGCCGAAAAGUCCCUUUGUGAUAUAAGGAGAGAUGGCGCGGACUUCCAAUGCGAGUUAAGCUGCUGUUCUGAAGACGGAUGUAACGCAAGCUCGUAUUUCACUGCCAACGUCAUCCUGUUAGCCGUUUCCUCUGUCCUGGGCCUGGCACUGCUGAAGUAAGCCGUGGAAGGCUUUACAAGUCUACUUUUCAUUUCGCUUAUUGCUUGUUUAAACUUGGCGUGGUCACCUAAAGUUUAGAUGCACUCAGUUUUCAGAGCAGUAGAGGCAACGGAUUCUCCCGUGCACGUUUAGCACUGCUGGCAAUUGUUACUACUUUUUAAUCACUUUGCAAGUUUUCACUUUUUGUUUUUCCAUUAAAAUGUUCGAAAUCUA